UGUGAAUGCACUAUACACUAGUGAAAGGUGGCUCGUGGAACGAAUGGUACCAGAUGGUUGGGUGAACUUCUGAGUUGCAUAUCAGCUAUUGCCAGCAUGGCUGACAGAAAACAGGCGAGGGAAGUUUUGACUGUUUUAUUUUUAUGUGUUCUGUGGUAUGUAGUGAGUUCUAGCAACAAUGUCAUCGGUAAAAUGCUACUCAGUGACUUCCCCUACCCUAUGACAGUGACAAUGGUGCAGCUCACGUCUAUAACAAUUUACUCCGGACCAUUUUUUAAUUUGUGGGGCGUCAGAAGAUUUGUCGAUAUCAGCUGGAAUUAUUAUUUGAAAAUAAUUGUUCCUCUUGCAUUGGGUAAAUUUCUUGCAUCAGUAUUUUCUCAUGUCAGCAUCUGGAAAGUGCCAGUUUCGUAUGCGCAUACUGUGAAAGCUACAAUGCCACUAUUUACUGUAAUUCUAACACGAAUUAUUCUUGGAGAAAAACAAACGUGUAAAGUGUACUGUUCAUUGGUUCCAAUCAUUGGAGGUGUUGCAAUUGCCACUAUGACUGAAAUCUCAUUUGAUGUUAUAGGGCUAGUGAGUGCAUUGAUUGCGACAAUGGGUUUCUCUUUACAAAACAUCUUUUCAAAAAAGGUUCUUCAUGACACUGGUGUCCAUCAUUUACGACUGUUGCAUAUUUUAGGACGCCUUGCAUUAUUAAUGUUUUUGCCUGUUUGGAUAUUUGUUGAUCUUCGAAAUGUAUUGAAUGAACCCCAAUUGAUGGGAAGUGACAACUAUCGUGUUUUAGUACUCCUUUUCUUUGAUGGAGUUUUAAAUUGGUUGCAAAAUAUAAUAGCAUUCAGUGUUUUAUCAUUGGUUACACCAUUGACAUAUGCAGUUGCAAGUGCUUCCAAGCGCAUAUUUGUUAUUGGUGUUUCCCUCUUUUUCUUGGGUAAUCCAGUCACUCUUACAAACGUCAUGGGUAUGACAAUGGCCGUAUUUGGAGUUCUUUAUUAUAACAAGGCUAAGCAUGAUGCUAAAGAGACUCAAAAGAAGCAAACUGUCUUACCUUUCUCACAACAGUCUUGGCAUAACAAAACAGGUUAUGUUUUGUUGCCUAGUAGUCCUCAACACGCUAGUAUGGAGACUGGUUCUAAUGGUAACUUCGGUAAGCCAGCGGGAUAUUUGAAUGGUCAUGCUAAGGGAUUUAAUAAUAAUCUUCACAGCAAUGGAAAAUUGUUCUAUGUAUGAGUAAUUAGAAUCAAAUAGAUUAUGAGAAUGAAUGUAUUGACAGGCCGGACCUGGUUUACAUUGUAUGUGUGAGUAUUAAAAACAAAAGAUGGAGCUCAGAUGAUUAGUAUUACAGUUGAGUGUUAACAAAAAUAUUUGCAUUUUAUUUAUAUUGAUGUACAAGACACAAGAUAUUACUUGUUCUUGUGCAUGCAUCAGAUUCUUUUGUAUAUUUAUUUGUUUGUUUUAAUAGAGAAGAUGUUUCAACAUCUUUUGAAGGUCUUGAUUUACAUCACUAUUCAUAUAUUCACUGUACAGGUAUAUGUGGAUAUGUUACAAUAUUGUCUUUGCCUAAAAAAAAAUUGUGUAUGUCAACUAAUGAAAGCAAUGCAUAUGUUCAGCAUUGGUGAUCCUUUUCAAUUUAAAAAAAAAAAAAAAUUGUCAAGCAUUGUGUAAAUUUGGUAUUUAAGAGUUCUGGAUCCCUUGACUGAUAUAAAUAUAAAGUAUUGAUUUUAAUUUCUAAUUUAAGAGCAUGUUUAAUUGCAAUCAGACUGCACUGUCCUCUCUCAUUUGAAAAUAUAUUGAAGCAAAAAGAGAAUGUGUGUGUUUUUGACAUGCAGUUAAUAUAACAAAAAAUAAUUAUUAAACAUGUGCAAUACUUCUGGAAUAAUAGUUUUGAUACAUUAUUUGAAGUAUGUAUGACUUUUUAAAGGAAGAGAACAGAAGUUAUACCAAUAAACUUUUUCUUCAUUAAUACUGACCUAGAUUCAAUAUCAUGGCACAGAGAGAAACAAGCUUAUAAAAUUGGUGUAUGAUAAAGUCAAUGGAAAACAAAGUUUAUGACAAUAUUCUGUAAGUAAAAUUAUUUAAAAUCAGUAUUGGUAAUUAGAGAGGUCAGGGUUGAGCGUUGAAAAAAACGGCAUCUUUUAACAAUAAUAUUAACAAAAUGUUUAUAUCAAAUGCCUUAGAGAAAUCAAACUCGUUUAUUAUUUAGCAAAUUGUAUUAAAAGUAUUUUGAAUGCAAACGAACAGCAAAAACAAAGCUUUAUGCACAUGUAAUAUUGUAUAUUUUAAUAAUCUCAGUACUUUUUGAACUAGUAAUUAGAAAUAAGGCAAGUGGGCCCCAGGAUUAUAUAAAGAUGUUUUGCUGUAUGACUCUAUGAAUAGCUGGUUGUAACUUGGUUUUUUACUCUAUUGCAUGAUGAAAAGGAGUGGAAUGUUUGUGUGUAUGCGAGUUUCUUCAUUCCAUUCGAACUGUCUGAAUGAUUUGGCAGAUUUUCCUAUGCAAGUUUCCCUGAGUGUAUCGCAGUGGCUCAAUUUUUUUAACUUCUUCCUGUUCACAUCGUCAUCAAUAAAAUGAAAGACUGUUUCAUUCAAGUGUGUUUUCAAUGUUUACAUAUUUCAUUUGAAUUCUUUUAUUCAGUACAACAAACUUGAAAUGGAUAAAAUAAUGUAAAACAGAUUUAAUUCCUCCUAAUUUUUGCCUUAAUUACCUAUUUAUUUAUGAAUCUGUAGUUUUUAUUGAAACUGAUGAUAUUUGAUGAAUUAGUUAAUAUUUGUACUGUAUAAUUUUAAAAGAAUUAAUAUUCCUCUAACAAGUAAAGUCCCAAAUUUCUGGAUCAAGGACUCCAAUCUCGAUGAGGCUUUUCAUCCAGUUUCCUUGAUCCUUGAAGAAAAUGAUGAGUUGGCCCCAUGUUUUCCUGGGUUUAAAGCAAUUAUGUCAGAAAAGACACAAAUGAAAAUUUACCAUGUGCGUGUUUGAUUAAGCUUCUCAUUUGCUAGUAGUGAUAGUACUAGAACCAGGGGUGUGGUUUGAUAUUUUGUUAGCAAUACAAUUAAAUCAAAUCUGUAGUUCAUAAUCUCAAAAUAACUCUUGCUUGGGAGUGAAAAUUCCUAGUUUUUAAAUGUUUUUACUUUCUAAUCACAUUUAUUGGUAAUUUUGUUCAUCGUUUAACAUAGUUCAGUAAAAGGGUGGAUAGGAUUGUGGAGCUCAAGAAAAUAAGCAAAUUAUACUUCUGCCCCGUACAUCACUCCCCCAUAUAACUGUUAUUUGAUGCAGUAAAUCAAACUAAUCAAGCUAAUUCAUGAGGAAGAAAAUUUCCUUGAGGUGACGUUAGAAGCUUUGGCAGACCACAAUUAGAAUUUUGAAUUUUGUAUCGUAGUGUUCUGAAUGUUUGUUAAUUGGAGAUCAUGAGUUUUUUUGGGAGAAAAGCAAUCUAAUUGCAGUCUGGUUAUUUAACAAUUUGAAUGAUAUAACAAUUUGAUGAAGAAUGACAAAGCAAGUGUAUCUUUGCAGCAAAACAGGUCAAAAAUUUAUACAGAUGUGUUAAUUUAAACCAGAUCUUUUUUUAUUUAUUUUUUAUUUUGAGAGGAAAUUGCACACUAAGUCUACACUAGGUUUAAAAAGGCCAAUCAUUGUAAAAUAAGUAGAUUUAAUUUGAAAUUUGUAAUCGAUAUAUAUUGUUUGUUCGUGGCCAUUGAGUGUCACCUGAUCCUGAUGCUCUUAUAUAGAGUUAAAGUUGUAGAGAAGAACAUCUUUUCUAUAAUAAUUCUUUAUGGGGUGGGGUCACAAAGUGAACUGGGGAGAUCACUAGUGCAUGUUGCAUGUAGCUACAUUAACUCCGUGCAGAAAAUCCUCUUGGAAGAAGUAAUACAGGUUGAGACAGGCUUUCUCUUAAAAUAAAUGGUACUAUGACAUAAUAUAGAUUUUUAUUUAUAGAAGAAAUGUCUCAUUGAAGGGGUAAUGGAUAAUAAUUGUAAAUUCAAUCUAUUUUCUUUGAAAUUGUACAUCCACACAUUUUUUGCCCAUGCAUUUCCCAAUUGAGUUGUUUUGUGUCCAGAGCAAAAGAUAAAGAGAGACAUUGCUACCAUUGUUAUACUUUGUGAGGUGUGGUCUCAAGAGCUACAUGAUUGUCUCCCAUAUUCAGUGGCUAGCACUCUCGACAUUCAUUUUAGCAUUCCUUUUGGAGUUUGAAGAAAAGUGGUGCAACAGACUCUAUGAGUUCAUGGCAGAUCUUCUUAUUAAUUUAAACCCAUUAUUAUUUCAAGGAGAAAUGGCACACUGUUGUCUGUUGUGGAGACUAAAACCUUUGAAGUAACCUGGUGUUGACUGAGUAUUCAUUUAUCUCAACCCUUGGAAAAGGAAUGAAUACCCUCAGUGCAGUAAAAGGGUUAUAUUUUAUUUACAUCAAUACGAUAUCACUCUUCUCCACUCCACUGUUCCUCCCUGCUCAGCCUUUUACAUCAUAACAAGAACAUAAAUACCAAAUUUCAUGUUGCAAGCUUAUGUAGAAAAGGCAAAAGGUCCUUUGAUGUUAUGUCAGCCAGCCAAUUAUUUGUCGUCAUGUAAUGGAAGCGUUUGACAACAGCAUUCCAUGCAUUUAAAGGAAAGUCUUAGUUUAGAACAAAGACGAAUCAAAAGCAGCAAGAGCUGUAUACCCAAACAGAUUUACAAAAACUUCAUUUUUCCUUUGACAAACAAAUACUACAGAAACAGGAGUUAUUACUGACUCCCUGAUCCUUUCAUAAAAAUGGAUGUGUGUUUUCGAUCAGAACUCUGUAUCAUCUGGAGAAUUUUAAUCAAACUUGGUACACACCUUAUUUACAAUGGUGAAAUAUCCUGAGAGGGGGGGGGGACGGUACCGGGACGGAGAAAUUAUUAGUGUAAAUGAGAUUUCGGAACUCCUUGUAAUUGGACCCUGGUGUCAUAAGAGUAGUUGAUAUCUGAGCAUAGAAGGCGGCCUGCGGAAUGCAGGGUGUCCGUAGUUUCGUGUGACGAAUUCGGCGCCUGAUGUCGAAAAUCGGAUCCCGUUGCCAUUGCAAGGAAUAUCUGGAGAAAUCGAUGCCUGAAAAUAUUGAGACAAUUAUAUUAGAGAAAGCAAAACUCACUGCUUAUACUUUAAGAGUAGGAUAUAGCCUACAACUCCAUAAUUUUUGGUUUCGUUUUAGUGUCAGUUUUCUUCAGAAGGUGCAAAUUUUAUAGUUUUUUUUUAAAUUGGAUUGCUAAGCAACUAGCAAAAUGUGUCUAGCUCUAGCAUCAUCACCAAAUUUUGACCAGCAAUAUUAAAAGUUGGGACGAGACGAGAAAUUUUUUAAAUAGGUACAUAAAAUACAGAUAUAAACGCAUAUAUGUGAAUCUGACUGCUGACCCCUUGAGAGACGACACUCUGUUCUAAAUCUUAUUUUAGUUUUCGCUAAUAAGGUGUAGCUGUAUUUCUAAUUCGAAAUAAUGUGAUAUAA